AUGAGGGGCGGCGAGUCACUCGCUCGGCAUUCUCCGCCGCUCGCGUGCAGUAACGCCCUAACGACGCCGGGCCACGCCAGCCGCCCCGCGAGGGAUGCUGGCCCUGCUGGCCCUGCUGGCCGCAAGGGUCCGCGCGGCCCGCUGCCCAACGUGGAGCAGGGGGCGCCACCGCCCUGCAGCAGCCACGACACGGAGCUGCUCUUCUGGGACGACAAGGUGCAGCUGUUCUCCAACGGGUCGCUGGUCGUCACACAGCACCGCCCCGACCUGUUCAGGCCGCCGUCCAUGGCUGAGGCCGCUGAGGACUCCCCGGAGGCCGCGGUCGGGGACGAGGGCGAGCGCAGCUUCCUCUUCCCGGCCGGGUCCUUCUGCAUGGACCGCCUGACGCUGCCGCCCGUCAUGACCGUGCCGCUGGAGGAGCAGGACGUCGGCAAGGAGGUGGAGGAGGCCGUGGCGGCGGACAUGGCGCGCAACGACACGACCGCCGUCCUGGAGGAGGACGACGAGGACGUGCACCACGUCAUCCUGCUGUGCCCGUGCUCGGCGCACGGCGUGCGCUGCGUGCGCAAGUGCUGCCACGCCAACUCGGUGCUGCUGGUGGACGCCAAGGGGGACACCGAGUGCCACCACGACCCCCAGCAGCAGCAGCAGCAGCAGCAGGACGGCGUGGCGUCCGCCGCCGACUUCAACAAGGCCCGCGACAUGCAGGCCAGCCGCGAGUGGGGGCCGAGCCAGCACCGGCACCCUGACGAACUGCACUCGGGCCAAGAGCUGUUCAUGCUGCACGUGCUGCCGCACUGCUCCAACCCGGAAGGGCGCCGCUUCCUGCUCAACUCCGUCUCCCUGUUCAACUCGACGCAGUCGGGGCAGUUCUGGAUCAUGGACGACGGCUCCGCCGUGGUGGACAGCUUCGGCGUGGACAACUCCGUGCCCGCGGGCGCGUUCUGCGGCGAGGUGGCCCUGGACGCGGCGACGGGGCUGCGCGCCGCCAACCUCCUCGUGUGCGCCGACCCCGGCGUGCUGGCCAGCUCGUCCACGGCCAGGACCUUCUACGGCGCCCUGGCCGCCACGGGGGCGGCGUUCUUGGCCGUGACGCUGCUGGUGCACGCCACCCUGCCCGAGCUGCGCAGAAGCCUCCACUCCAGCAACCUGAUGGCGCACACGGGCUCCCUGCUCAUGGCCUACAUCGCCCUGACGGUCAACGCCCUGGCGCCGCCCGCCCUGCCGCACGCCGCUUGUCUAGUUUUGGCGUUCGUGCUGCAGUUCUCCUUCCUGGCGGCCUUCUUCUGGCUGAACGUGAUGUGCGUCGACAUCUCCUGGGCCUUCAGUGGGCUCCGCCUGCCGCAGGGGAGCGCCGCGGAGCGCGACCGCAAGAAGUUCCUGUGGUACUCGUUGUACGCGUGGGGCAGCACCGCCGCCAUCACGGGCCUCACCGUGGCCAUGAACUUCCUGCCCUUGCCCUCGCCGGGGGUGGGCCCCCACGCGCUGCACCCCCAGAUCGGCGUCGUCAGCUGUUGGUUCAAAGAGAAAGCGAGCGUGCUCAUCUACUUCUACGGCCCGAUGGCGUUCCUGCUCUUGGCCAACCUGGUCCUCUUCGUCUACACCGCGGCGCGCAUCCUGGCCGUGCGCAAGGACACCGCCAUCCUGCACAAGGCCGACAACGCGCGCUCGCACUCGGGCGCCGAGACGCAGAGGCUGGUGCUCUACGUCAAGCUGUUCGGCUUGAUGGGCCUGACCUGGGUCACGGAGAUCAUCUCCUGGGCGUCUGGCGGCCGCGACUACUACUGGUACGCCACCGACGUCAUCAACCUGCUCAGGGCGGUCUUCAUCUUCAUCAUCUUCUGCUGCAAGAGGAAGGUGCUUCGCCUCAUGCUGGACCGCUUCACCAGCGAGGGCACUGCGGACACCAGCGGCAGCCGCGGCGGCCGCAGCGGCGCGGGGCCGCGUGCGCGCGGACGGGGUGCCGGCACCAUGACCAGCUCCCUCACCUUCCAGCAGGACGCCCGCAGGCUCCAGCAUACGGCGUCCCAAGACAGCAGCAUGACCACGGUGACGUCGCCGACGCCGACCACCACGCCGGACGCCAUCGCGUUGAGCGUGCGGUGAGCGCUCUCCGGCGCGCAUUUUGUUUCUCAAGUUGACGCAAUGCACGCACAGUGUGGCAUCAUUCUAGUCCUUUUCCCAACAAGUCUCUCACUUAAGUACAAGUCCAGUUUAUGUUCAAAACUUCGAAAUAAAUGUGAUAUUUUUUUAGCA